AAAGAACUCAAGACUUAGCAUAGACCCGCCCGCACCAGAAAAUUGCCCAGUAGGGUUUUUAAGAUUAGGUUUUGCUCUUCGUCGCUCUCUGCCACUUUCGGCUAGGGUUUUCAAACCCCCUCAGCUCUUUCAGUCUCAGUUUCUCUGCGAACUGUGUUUGUUCUAGGUUCCCCUUCGAUAGUGAUCGAUGGAGUUGGGAAAUAGGAACAACUAGGGGUUUCGUGGUUGUCGCAAAUAUCCAAUAACAGUUUGGGUUUUCAGAAACACAGGAAUGGCAACCGCAAACCCUUUCGAUCUCUUGGGGGAUGACGACAACGACGACCCCAGUCAGCUCAUCGCUGCUCAGCAGCAUAAGCUCGCUGCGCCAAAGCAAUCUUCGCCUCCGGCGCAAGGCGGCACAAAAGCUCAGCCUCCUAAGCAAGCUAAGAUGCCCUUCAAGCCUGUACCUCCUGCUCAGUCUGUAAGGGAGGCAAAAAAUGAACCUGUCCGUGGAGGGGGCCGUGGUGGAGGACGUGGAUAUGGUCGAGGGCGUGGCGGUGGCGGAUUUAAUCGUGAUCCAGUCAGCAGUGAGAAUGCAUUCAGUGGCAAUAAUGGGUUUUCUGGAGGUUAUAGACCAUCUGAAGAUGGAGAGGCCGGGAAGCCUUCUGAGAGGCGUAGCUAUGGUGCACCUCGUGGUGGUUUUCGUGGUCGCCGUGGUGGUUUUAGCAAUGGAGAAGAUGGAGAAGAACGCCCCAGGAGGUUAUAUGAACGUCGUAGUGGGACUGGACGCGGAAAUGAGUUUAAGCGUGAUGGGGCUGGUCGUGGGAAUUGGGGUACCCCCACUGAUGAGAUUGCUCCGGAGGCUGAAGAACCUGUCAAUGAAAGCGAGAAAAAUCUAGGUGUUGUUGAGAAGCCAUUGGGAGAGGAUGGUGCCGCAGAUGCCAACAAGGAGAAUCCUGUGAAUGAGCCAGAGGAGAAGGAACCUGAGGAAAAGGAGAUGACUCUGGAAGAAUAUGAGAAGGUGCUUGAGGAGAAGAGGAAGGCUUUGCUUGCACUAAAGACCAAGGAAAGGAAGGUUAAUGCAGACAAGGAGUUUGAAACCAUGCAACAGCUUUCUAACAAGAAGGGCAAUGAUGACAUAUUUAUAAAACUGGGUUCUGAAAAGGACAAGCGCAAGGAGAUUGCUGACAAAGAGGAGAGAGUCAAGAAGUCUGUCAGCAUUAAUGAGUUCCUGAAGCCUGCUGAAGGGGAGAGGUACUACAGCCCUGGUGGUCGUGGCCGUGGUCGGGGUCGUGGCUCAAGAGGAGGAUAUGGUGGGGGCAACAUACCGAACAAUGUGGGAGCACCAUCAAUUGAGGAUCGUGGGCAGUUCCCCUCCUUGGGUGGCAAGUGAGAUUUUAGCAUUGAGCCUCAUUCUGCUUCUCUUUGGUUUUGCCCUGUUUGGUAUUUGUUUCUUUGAGUUGGUAAACGGGAGGAUAUCAACAGGAAUAAUGGAGUUUCCUGUAUUUAAAGAUAUCUUUAAUGUUAUGUCUUCUUGAGUGUAAA